AUGGGACCUGUGCCCCCCCCGUCAAUUUACUCGACGCACUUUCCGCUCCCGCCCCCGCCAGAUCUCGAGUGCCCAACGGACCUGAAUAAAAACUUCAAGAGGGCAAAUGAGAUUGUUACUAGUAACCUUGAGAGUUUGGAAACCCAAAACCAUGCCGAUAUACCAUACGGACCUCUCCAGUUCUGGGAGUUACUACACCGGUACAGCACCAUCGUCAGAUCACGGUUUGAAUCAGUCUGCGAAAUUCUCCAAAGGCGCAAAAACAAACCAUUCCGCCUCGUCAAUCUAGAUAGAAAAAGCGAGAGAGUGACGGUUGAGGACUUGGUGCAGAGGAUUGAACGUCACUUGGUGGCAGUAUCACGUUUGAUUGAGAACAUCGGAAAGCAAGUACAGCCCUCUCUUGGCGACCUCGCGUCAUCAGUUCCUAACAUCUCUCUCCGAGAGUGUCGUCUUUGGUCGAUGUUGAACACCAAAGAUUUCCACCAGAAGCUCCGUCAGGCAAACGGCGACAAGGCGAAACUUACUCCUAUAAUGGGAGAUGUGGCCGCAAUGAUUUGUGCCCGAGACGUCAUGAAAGAGACAAUACCUGUUGUGAAGCUUAGGCACUCCAGUAACAUGGUUACACCAUAUACGAUCUUCGUCUGCCUCGGUCAGCAAGAAGACGGGACGCGAGUCCACGACCUGGUACACAUUGGCUGCACCAGAGAGUACAUGACCCAGUGGGAAGGCCUCUACAAACUACGAGAGGAAGCCAGGAAUGAUCGUCUCGGACACGCAACUAUUCAAGCCUGGGGAGAUUGGCACCGCCGGCUUGUCGCGUUCGAUAGCGAUGCUGGGGCUGGGAUGGAGGGCGAUGAACGCGAGAAGGCCACUUUGGAGGCUAGAAGAGCUCUCCUACAAGGAGAUGCAAACGCACUUCCCGAGUCAGGGAAGAGCCUGCUAGGAGAGAAGCUGCGUGCCUGCAGCACACAUCUAGGGCAGGCAUUCAAACAACUAGAAUGGUUCCAGGUCGAGCCUGUCGCUUGCUGCUACAUGUGUAAGACGUCGAUGGCUUGGAAGCAAAUUGGAGACCCUGACAUCUCCUGUUCAGCGGAAAUCAAACUAGGAAAACGACAAAAGUGCCCACACUCGUGUGCUGAGGUUGCAGCUAGUGGGUAUUGUGACUACAUUACCCGUCAAGAAAUGUGA